AUGACACAACCGGUCUUGUGCCGGGCGCUGAUUUCUCCGGCUGUGUUUGCAGUUAAACCUCUGAAAGGAGAUCACUUAUCCAGAGCCAUCGGCAGGAUAGCAGGGAAAGGAGGAAAAACCAAGUUCACCAUCGAGAACGUGACGAAAACCAGGAUUGUGCUCGCAGACACGAAGGUUCAUAUUUUGGGAUCUUUCCAGAACAUCAAAAUGGCACGAACAGCAAUAUGCAACCUCAUUCUCGGAAGUCCUCCAUCAAAGGUGUAUGGCAACAUUCGUGCAGUGGCGAGCCGCGCAGCUGAGAGGUUUUAACACACGAAGAAACACCGCUCAUGGACUGAUGCAGAAAUAAUGAUUUACAUUAUUAGUGCCAUAUUGGCCUGUAUAUGUGUAUGAAUGAUAUGAGCGCCGGUGGACGGCCGGUUUCUCACGCAGUGGAGCCUCAGAUAAUAAACAGAAAUCAGACACGUGUGGAUCCAAUAA